CCAGAGUUUGCUGGUGAUGACGCCAUUGCCCGGGAAGCCGGAGAGGGAGGAAGGAGGCGCCAUUUCACGCCCCUCGGCAGCGGCGCCGAGUCGUUCUGUGACAGGACAAGCAGCCAGCCAGCCGGCCGGCCGGCCAGCCAGCCAACCGGUCAGCCAUCGAAGCGGCGGGAUGUCAUCUCGUCCCGUUUCCCUUUCCCGCUUCCAAAGUCAUGGACAGGCCUCUCCAGUCACGAGCGGCUCCGUCUAAAGCCUGGACAAGUGUUUGACAGCUAACGCUCCGCGAGCUAGCUCCUUCCUCGGUUGGGGGUGCGAGACUUAAAGAAAAAAAAAAAAAAAAAUAAUAAUAAUAAUAAAAAAAAAAUCAUCGCCCACCAGCGCUCGUUCACCAUUUAGCUCCCCCCGCGACGGAUGUCCCAGAGAACGGAAUCGGCCGGGUGAAAGUGUCUCGCGCGCGUUUCCUGUUCCGAAGCACUUCGUGUUCGGGCGAACUGGUUCUUCAGGUUGAACGGUGUGCGCGAGUGAGCCGAGAAAAGACGCCUGUCGGGCGGCCGCCAUUGAUUGGAUGCGUGAGGACAUGUCCGGCGGGAAGGCGGCGGCGGCGGCGGCGGAGGAGGAGGAGGAGGAGGAGGAGGAGAAGGAGGAGAAGCCCGGCGAGAAGCUGUCCCAGGAUGAGAUCAUCUCGCGCACCAAGCAGGUGAUCCAGGGCCUGGACGCCCUGAAGCAGGAGCACCGCUCCAUCCUGGACGGGCUGCGCCGCCUGAAGCGGGACGAGGAGGGCGCGGCGGCCGAGGAGAAGACGCGCGUGAUCCGCGAGUCCCUGGAGAUGCUGGAGCUGGGCCUGGGCGAGGCCCAGGUCACGAUGGCGCUGUCGGGCCACCUCGGCUCGCUGGAGUCGGAGAAGCAGAAGCUGCGGGCUCAGGUGCGCCGCCUGUGUCAGGAGAACCAGUGGCUGCGGGACGAGCUGGCCGGCACCCAGCACAAGUUGCAGAAGAGCGAGCAGAGCGUGGCGCAGCUGGAGGAGGAGAACAAGCACCUGGAGUUCAUCAACCAGCUGAAGAAGUACGACCGGGACUCGCCCCCCUCGGAGGAGAAGGACUCCCAGUCCAGCAAGGAGAGUCUGGACGAUCUCUUCCCCGACGAUCAGGAUGACCAAGUGCAAGGCAUCCGGUCGACCCGAGGCGGCAGCGCGGCGGCGGCGGCGGCGGCCCGGCAGGGCGGUUACGAGAUCCCGGCCCGCCUGCGGACCCUCCACAACCUGGUGAUCCAGUACGCCUCGCAGGGCCGCUACGAGGUGGCCGUGCCGCUCUGCAAGCAGGCCCUGGAGGACCUGGAGAAGACGUCGGGCCACGACCACCCCGACGUGGCCACCAUGCUCAACAUCCUGGCCCUCGUCUACAGGGAUCAGAACAAGUACAAGGAGGCGGCCAACCUGCUGAACGACGCCCUGGCCAUCAGGGAGAAGACGCUGGGCCCGGACCACCCCGCCGUGGCGGCCACGCUCAACAACCUGGCGGUUCUGUACGGCAAGAGGGGCAAGUACAAAGAGGCCGAGCCGCUGUGCAAGAGGGCGCUGCACAUAAGAGAGAAGGUGCUGGGCAAGGACCACCCGGACGUGGCCAAGCAGCUCAACAACCUGGCCCUGCUGUGUCAGAACCAAGGCAAGUACGAGGAGGUGGAGUACUACUACAUGCGAGCGCUGGAGAUCUACCAGAGCAAACUGGGGCCGGACGACCCCAACGUGGCCAAAACCAAAAGCAACCUGGCCUCCUGUUACCUCAAGCAAGGCAAGUUCAAGCAGGCGGAGACGCUCUACAAAGAAAUCCUGACGCGGGCCCACGAGAGGGAGUUCGGCUCCGUCGACGGCGACAACAAGCCCAUUUGGAUGCACGCCGAGGAGCGGGAAGAGCAAAGCAAGGGCAAGCAGAAGGACGGCUCCCCUUUCGGAGAGUACGGAGGCUGGUACAAAGCCUGCAAAGUCGACAGCCCCACCGUCGCCACCACCCUGAAGAAUCUGGGCGCGCUCUACAAGCGGCAAGGCAAGUUCGAGGCUGCCGAGACCCUGGAGGAGGCCGCCGUGCGUUCCAGGAAGCAGGGUCCGGACACGGCGCACGGCCGGCGGGCGGCCGACGCGCCGGGCGAGCCGGACGCCCGCGAGAAGCAGCGCAGCCGCGAGAGCUUGACCUCCGACACGGUCAAGUACGAGAGCGGCCCCGACGGCGGCGAGGAAGUGAGUAUGAGCGUGGAGUGGAACGGGGACGGCUCGGGCGCUCUGAAGCGCAGCGGCUCCUUCGGCAAACUGCGGGCGUCGCUUCGGCGCAGCAGCGAGAAGUUGGUGCGCAAGCUCAAGGGCGGCGGAAGCAGCGGCGAGCCCAAAAACGCCGGCUUGAAGCGGGCCAGCUCGCUCGGGGUUCUCCACGUGGCCCGGGAGGCGCCGCUCGGCGAGCGCAACCACCAAGAACGAAAUCCCCGUCUGAAGAAGAGCCGCGACCUGAGCGCCAGCAGCUCGGACCUGGCGCGUUGACGACUCGGCGCUCGUAAAUAACCGCCGCAGCUUGACGGGGGCCAGCGUCCGACUCCCCGAAAUGUCUCGCACGGGUUUUGCUUUGUCUGGAGCCAUCGCGAUCGUCGCUUGAACUUUUGGUUGAAUGACGACUGGCGACGGCGACGACGACGACCGUUCACGCGCUGACUUACAGCACAAAAGUGCUUUGUUUUGUUUUGUUUUGUUUUGUUUUGUUUUUUUACCGGGAAAUCUUUGUAAUCACACGAGAGAGGCAGAAAAAAACGACGACGGAAAGUCGCAUUGUGGACUUUGUGGUUUUUCAUGGGCAGCAAAGUUGGUUUGACAUGAAGGAGGAAAAAAAAAAGUUUGACUCGUGAUGGAAAAGGAAAAAAGUUCAGAAGGAAUUUGGUGUCCCCCCCCCCCCCCAAGAAAAAAAAACUUGCUUAAAUGACCACAUUUUUUACAAUAUUCGGCAGGAGGAUUUUUGUACUACAUGAAAAAGUCCCAUUUUACACUGCAAAAUUGCGACCACUAACACGAAAAAGUAAAUUAUUGCGAGGAAAAUGUAUUUUACACGAUAAGAAAGUUCUGCAUUCGCCCCAAAAAGUGUGUCAUGAUAAAGUUUAUAAUUUGUGGGAAUAGGAGCAAUUUGACAAGAGUAAAAAAGUGGCCAUGUUACAAGGAAAACUUCAUUUUAUGGUGAACAAAGUUUAUGUAAACGCUUUGAUCAAAUUUGGAAAAGAUUCCUGCUAGAUGAACGCCUGUCCAAAAGGGCCAAGAGAUGUGCAAUAACUCUCAUUUGAUUUGUUUGUAUUAUUUUCUUUUCCAAAAAAAAAAAAAAGGUAAACGCUGUGGUUCCAAACACUUGCUGUCAUUUCCCAAAUCGAGACUUUCUAUGACGACACGAUGAUUACGCUUCAUGAAUGGUGAGCAAAUGUUCCCGCGAGGCGAUGACGUCAUGAGUGCUGCGACGGAUUGUGGACGACGCUUGUCGCGUUGAUGGCAGGCGGCCGAUCGAACGCCAACUUUUUGCUCGUUUUGCUCUCCUUUUUCUCCUCAUGUGCGCUCCAUCCUUGAUCGUUUGGAAAUUAAAGUCGCGAGUUUGUGCUUCA